AUGCACUUUCAGCGAGAUCCGGGAAUUGACAAAAGAGCAUGGCAUAACGAAACACUAAGAUUGGAAGAGCAGCUUGACACACUCAUCCAGCUCCUCCCACCUACCUAUCUACAAAACAUCGACGUCUUGAGUCUCGAAUCUCUGACACCGCCAUCAUCUACCUCUCCAGAUGAACCAAUAUCAAUCCUCCUCAACACAUCCCUCCUAAUCCAAACCGCCGCCAAACUCUUCUUCCAAGCCACUCUACGCUCCCUCAGCCCUCAAACACCCAAAGCUCGCUCUCUCAACACAGAGAUAAUCGGGUAUACCAAACAACUCUCACCAAACCAUCUCCGUUCCGCACACUUGUGGCCUUUGUUUGUUGGCGCGGUGUAUUCUACGGGUGAUGAUGAAGAGCGCAUAUGGUUCUUGGAUCAAUUUGAUAUUAUGGAGGAAAAGUCGCAGGCUCUGGUGGCGAGGGGUGUUUUGACGAGAGUCAAGGGGAUUGUGGGAAAUGUGUGGAAGAGAAGGGAUUUGGAUUCUGAUGUUGCUGUCGGUGUUAUUGGAUUGGAAGGGGAGGAUGGGAUAGGGGAUUGGGAGAAGUAUGUACAGCCUCUGAGUGAUGGAUUGUCUUUGGGGUAG